CUAAUAAGAGCGCGGGAAAUUCGAAAUGGAAAUUAAAGAGGUGAUAAGACUCAACAAAUAUGAGUCAACUUUUUAUUUAAUUGGUUGGAGUGGUGCUGUUUUUUACUCCAUUUAUCAUGUACACCUCAUGCACACGUAUUUCAUCGAUUAUCAUGAUUCGUAUCAUGACUUUAGUCCAGGUUGGUCCUGGAUUGGAGGCAAACGAGAUACAUCAGAUGAAGAAUGGACUACCUGGAUUCCAUUCAUGUUCAAACUCAUACCCUGGAUUAUAAUACAUCUUUUUGUUGGACAAAUCAUUAAAUAUUUGUUCAACAAUAUGGUAUUAUGCUGCUGGUAUAUUGCCGUCUCUCUUAUUUUCCUCUGGCAAUAUGUUGGAAUCCUUGGCACUCUCUGUAUACUUAUAUUACCAUGUAUAUCCUGUUUACUUACUGCACUGCGAAGUAAAGUUGUAUCUUGGAUAGUGCAUUUAUCCUGCUUGGCAGUAAUAUACUUAACCAAAACUUCAGAAUCUAUUGGGCAGGCAUGGUUGAGCCUCGACGAGGAAAAGUAUUACAUGCUCAUAAUUGCCAUUUGCUGGAUACAGUUACGUAGUAUCAGCUACAGUAUUGACAGCAUCGUAGAAUAUAAACACAAAAAUAUUCUCAGUUUCCUCAAGGAACUCGUACAAAAUGCGGCUUAUUGCUUAUACUUGCCUACACUGUUUUUAGGACCAUUAAUCCUUUACGGAGAAUUCAUGCAAGGAGUAAAAGUACCCUACAGACAGUGGAGCGUUGGAAGACUCUGCACAAUAAUAUUUAAUUUAACUCGUUAUAUAUUCUGGCUUUUCUUUACUGAAUUCACCAUGCAUUUCAUGUACUUCAAUGCAUUGCAAUUCCAUCCCGAGAUUGUAGAACAAAUGAAUCCUUGGGCUUUUUAUGGUCUUGGUUACUGUAUGGGACAAUAUUUUCACUUAAAAUAUGUUGUAAUUUAUGGAUUUUGGGGUGAAAUUGCAAGAAUUGAAGACGUAGCAGCACCACCACCUCCAAAAUGUAUUGGUAGAAUUCAUCUCUACUCGGAUAUGUGGAAACACUUUGAUAGAGGAUUAUAUAAAUUCCUUGUCAGAUACAUUUAUAUACCAGUUUCUGGAAUGAAAUCUCCAAUGAGAAAAUUACUGGCAUCAUUUUUAUGCUUUGGCUUUGUGUUUCUAUGGCAUGGUAUGCAGACUUUUAUAUUUAUUUGGUCCUUCUUAAAUUUCUUGGGAUUGACUGUGGAGGGAAUCGCAAAGACAAUUGGCAAAUACAAACGUUACAUCAGGAUCGAAAGAAAAUAUUUAAGCGAACGUAACAUUAGAAGAUUUCAUUGCGCCUUGGCAAGUCCAUUACUUGCUAUGUCAGCCAUAUCAAAUUUUUAUUUCUUUGCCGGUCAAGAUAUAGGCAAUGCUUUUAUAUACAGAAUAUUUCAUGAUUCUUGGAAUAUUACUUUACUUGUACUCUUUAUCCUCUAUUGUUGCUGUCAAGUUUCUACCGAUAGAAAAAAUACGGAGAUCCUAAAGUCUCAGUAUAAAGAGAACUGAUUGUUUUAUCAUUUAUAUUUCUAAUUUUCUGUACAAUUAUACAACAAGCCUAGUGAAAAUAAUGUAUCAUUACUUUUAAUGACUAAUAGCCAUAUUGCAGUGUCUCUGAAGCAAGAAUUUUUUUACUGAACAAUUUGAACUCAAUAAAAUGAU